AGUCCUUAAACCCUUUUUUCUUGUGACAGCUUCUUCACUACUGCAUUUAUUGCUCAAAUACCGUUAACAAUAGUUGCUUUGCUUCUACUGGUUAAGAAAUGUGUGGCGGUGCUAUCAUUGCUGAUUUCAUCCCUCGCAAGCGUGGCCGCAACGUCACCGCCUCUGACCUCUGGCCUAACCCACCCUUCGCUAAAAUCGAUGGUUUUAACUCCGAACUGUGUCAAAUUGGCCAUAGUGACUCGCUCUCCCACUUCAAAGGACCACAAACCGAGCCCUCCUUAGGUGUUGAGCAAGUGGAGAAGAAGCCAAAGAGGCAGAGAAAAAACCUGUACAGGGGCAUAAGGCAACGCCCCUGGGGCAAAUGGGCAGCAGAGAUUCGGGACCCUGGGAAAGGUGUUCGUGUUUGGCUCGACACUUUCAACACUGCGGAAGAAGCAGCCCGAGCUUACGACAGAGAGGCCCGCAAGAUCCGGGGAAAAAAAGCUAAAGUUAAUUUCCCUGACGAAGACAACGACUUCUCCAUUCAAUAUAACCAAGAUCAUUUUAACAACCAUGAAAUCAAUAACCAUAACUCAGCGGCUGCGUGGAAUCCCAUCCCCAAUUCCAAUCCACCUGUUUAUCCACAGCCCUGUAAAAAUUUAGAUAAUUAUGGAUUUGGUUAUGACCUGAACCAGUUCGGCGGUUAUGCUACAGACCCUAUUGUUAUAUCUGGGGAGAAAAAUUCAAUGUCUGGUUCAGAAGGGUCCUACUCUUGUAAUCCAAAUAUGAACAAUGGUUGUUUAUAUGGCCCAGUAAAGGUUGAAGAAGAAGACGAAGAGAAGCGAGAAGAGCCAGUGAACAGGGUUGUGUUGCAAGUUCAAGAAGAAAACCAAGUAGAGAGGUUCUCUGAGGAUCUGAUGGCUUAUGAAAAUUAUAUGAAGUUUUUUCAGAUUCCAUAUUUGGAUGGGCAAUCAACGACACAAACUGUUGCUGUUCCGCCUAAAAAUGUUAUCGGCGAGCUUUGGAGCUUUGAUGAUGGUGGUGUUCUUGUUACUUCAACGGCUAUGUAACCGUUUCUGGGUUUUCAUUCUUUCAUUUUUUUUAUUUUUCUCUUUAGUCUUCAUCUCUGUUUUUUU